AUGGCGAGUGGCGAUCCCUACGACGCAGCGCUAGACCUCCUCCGCCGGCUGAACCCCAAGCACGUGGCCGAGCAUGUCGACAACAUCAUAACGCUGGUCCCGGAGCUGGCCGAGGACCUGCUCUCGUCGGUCGACCAACCGCUGACGCUGCGGCGGUGCAAGCAGACGGGGCGCGACUACCUGCUGUGCGACUACAACCGGGACGGCGACAGCUACCGCUCGCCCUGGAGCAACCAGUUCGACCCGCCGCUGGACGAGGCCGGGCUAGGCGGUGUUGGGGCCGGUGGCAACAGCGCGGGCGCGGGCGGCGGCGCGGUCCCCUCGGAGCGCGUCCGGAAGAUGGAGAUGAAGCUCAACGAGGCCUUUGACGUCUACCGGGAGCUGUACUUUGAGGGCGGCGUGUCGUCGGUGUACAUGUGGAAUCUGGACGACGGGUUUGCUGGCGUGGUGCUACUGAAGAAGGCCUCUGGCCCGAACGACGGCUCCUCCUCGGGGGUGUGGGACUCGAUUCACGUCUUCGAGGCCAGCGAGCGCGGGCGGACAUCCAACUACCGCCUUACCUCGACCGUACUCCUCUCGCUCGCGACCAAGGGCGCCUCGCUGGGCGAGGUAGAUUUGAGCGGUAACAUGACGCGCCAGGUUGAAUACGACCUGCCCGUGGAGAACGACGAGAGCCACAUUGUCAACGUGGGCCGCAUGGUCGAGGACAUGGAACUUAGCAUGCGCAACCUGCUGCAGGAGGUCUACUUUGGCAAGGCCAAGGAUGUCGUGGGCGACCUGCGCAGCAUCGGCAGCCUGAGCGAGGGCCAGCGCGACCGCGAUGCGCAGCGCGAGCUGAUUGGUAGCAUGCGGAGAUGA